GGGAGAGGGGAAACAAAAGAAAAGAAAAAUCUGGCCUUGCCUUGCUCCUCCGGGCGGGCGGGCGGGCGAUUCGGCUCCGGCGCCGCCAGGUGCUUCGCUUCGCCUCUCGCCUUGCUCCGAUUGUUUGCCUGCCCGCCUCCUCCGGUCGUCGCCGUCGUCCGUCCGUCCAAGGCUGCCGCUGCUGCUCGGCUCCAAGCAAGCUAGACGCCAUUCCUGGGCUCCGCCGCUCGAUUCCUCCACCAAGACCAGGCCAGGUCAAGUCAAGUGCUACAUCAGGCACACUUUUGAGCUUUGAAGGUCACCACUAGCCCAUUGCCUCGAUGGGCGUCGAGGAGCAACAUGUGCAGCAACCGGACGGCGGCCGAAAGCCUGAUGCCGCCGCCGCCAAGUCACCGACUCCGGAACACGGCCAGCAAAAACCGAGCAACCCCCGUGUGUCGACCUGCAGCACCGACAAGGACGACGGCCUCGCUCUCUGCCGGGUGUGCCACUGCGUGGAGCCCGACCUCAGAGGCGAGUCCGCUCUCGGUUUCCUAGGCAUCGUGCCGCCUUCUCCAGACCCUUCGGUCAACAAGGACCCAAGCAAUGACACCACCAAAACCUCCACCAGCAAGGAUGCUCCCACGUUUCUCGAGUUCAUAAGCCCCGAGGGGGAGAUAUUCAAGUGCGCCACCGACAUCGAAUCCGGCCAUUUGCAACGGCAAGACGACGUCGUGAACCUCGGAUGCUCCUGCAAGAACGAGCUCGCGCUCGCGCACUACGCGUGCGCGCUCAAGUGGUUCAUCAGCCACGGCUCCACCGUGUGCGAGAUAUGCGGGAACGUCGCCACAAACGUGAGGCCCGAGGAUUUCAACAUGGUGCUCGCCUCCUUGAAGGACUACGAAGCUCUGAGGGAAAGGACGUCCACCAGGGAUCUCUCCUACUUGCACUACAGGGCGGACGCGUUCGUCGACCCGGUCGCCCUCGCGGCGGUACGGAGGCAGCGGCUCUGCGAGAUAUCGUCAUGGUUCAACCCUCACAACACGCAUUUCGUGUUUUCUCAGAGGCACAACAAUGAAGAAGUGCCAGUUAGCCCAAGUAAUAAUUCUGUAGACUAUAGUGUUACGGCUGCGAGGGCAGCACACGCGAGGCGGAAGUUCGGGACAAGUGGAGCUUUUGUUGCCAUCGCCCUGGGUUUUGUGCUUCUUGCAUGGUUUGUUGCUCCACAUGUCGGCAAGAGAGCCGCUGCAAUCAUUCUUCACAUGCUUCUGGGAGGCCUUUGCUCAUUGACUAUAAUAAUCUCACUAAGAUUUGUUAUGGUGUGUAAUUUGCACCAUCCUGGUACAUUUGCAGGUCUUCCCGAGGAUCCAGUUUGGGUCGAUCCGAUGCUGGGCGAUCCUGUUCGUGUCCUGGUUCCUUGUCUUUGGAGUGUGGGCCUCGAGAACCCGCACGAGCCGCCGCGCUUCAUGAUGACAUCGAGUGUGCCCUCUGUCAGCUGUUGCGAGGAUUUGGGACCGUGUCGCAAGAGUAGCGUCCACGACGGUGUUAGGUACUGUUACCCCUGUCUAUAUUGGCCGCGAGCUAUGCCAUGGACGUACUAUUUUUUUUUUAGCUGGAGUAUGUGAGAUGUACAUGUUUGGGCAAGAAAACAAGGGGAGUUAUGUUGCUGAGUGUUGUGGGAAUCUGCUGAGACAUAGCUGGAGUAGUACUGGGCUGGCCAGUGUUGCAAAACGAUACAGUAAUGUACAGUAUAUAUUUAGCUGUUUUUUCUUGAUUGAAAA